UUUUUCCUUUCCUUUACUUAUUCCCUCUCUCAAGAUCUCAGCCCAUCGAGCCAAUCUAUUUUUACCUAUCCCAACUCUGGAACUAGGCAGCAUCUCCUCUCAUGUACCUGUGGUUUGGGGUGGGUCCCAGUCCAAAACAGGGACAACAUAAACUCAACCAGAGAGACAAACACCCUGGACAUUUGAAGAGUUUUUUUCUUUGCUAUGUUUUGUUUUUGUUUUUUAAACCUGCUCUUAAUAACCUAGACAAGAGAUGAGAAGCAUCUCCCAAUAUUACCUUCUUUUUUUAUUCUUCAUUGUUUUAUAUCUUAAAUGAACUCUGGAUUUGUGAUGACAUUUUUCACAAUACAAGAAAAAAGAUAAGUGCUCAACCUGAGCACUCUUAAUCCACUUGGAAUUUAGAUGGUGCUAUCUAAUGACUGACUCAAACCCUGACAUGGCUCCCGUGUAGGAAACUACUACAGGCAGUGAUGGCUUGGGGUCUUCUUGUUGCAUGUCCGCCUUUGGACUAGAAGCUUGCAGAGUGCAAAGGGGAAUAAUUCCAGAACCAAAGACACUCACAAGCUUACCAUUCUAAACACUCAGUUCACAACUGUGUCUGAGGCAUCAUAAAAGCUGCAUGUGAAAAUGAAAACUCAUAGAGACCCUCAGUGUCUGCACAACCUUGCCUACCACCCACGAUGGCGGCACCACUCUGUUAAAGUAAUAAGAAAGAGGCACAUAUGGACGGUGAUCAUGAAUAGUUUUGCUGAGUGUAGAAUGUUUGAAUUAUCAUCAGCAUCAUUAUCAUCAAAAUUUUUGUCAUCAUCAACACCACAGUUGCCAUCAUCCCCAGUGCAGCACACCAGAAGAUCAAGGGGGAACUGGUUUCAUGUCCUUUUACUCAUGAUCUCAAUAUUCCCCUGUCAAGCCUGGGCAACAACGUUCAAGGUGGCCCUGGUUGGACCCUGGACAUGUGACAUCUUGUACUCUAAGGCUCUCCCCGACUUGGCAGCCCGUCUUGCCACCAGUCGUAUAAACAAGAACUCCUACCUCAAUAAAGGUUACUGGUAUGACUACACACUGAUUAAUGAGGACUGCAAGUCAACUCGUGCCCUUGUUCGCUUUGCUGAUAUAGAAAGUUACGGGUCGGCUUUCUUGGGCCCUGCUAAUCCAGGCUACUGUUCCUCAGCUGCACUAUAUGCAAAAGAGUGGGAUGUCGGCAUUCUGUCCUGGGGUUGUCUCAAACCCAACAUGAAUGCAGGAGACAAAUACCCUACAUUCCUAAGGCCGCUGCCACUGUCCGCCCAUGUUAUUUUCACUGUGUUAAGGUAUUUUCGAUGGGCUCAUGUGGCCAUCAUCUCAGAGGAAACAGAUAUUUGGGAAGCCACAGGCCAGGAGUUGGCCACUUCCCUCAGGGACCUUGGACUGCCUGUAAACCCUGUUGUCACAAUGGAGAGUGAUAAGGACGGGCCUCGGAGAGCUCUUACAAAAGUGAGGCAAGCAGAUCGAGUAAGAGUGAUCAUCAUGUGUAUGCCCUCUGUCCUGAUUGGUGGCCAAGCCCAGUACCGACUCCUGACCACAGCCUUAGCCAUGCGUAUGAUAGACCGUGGCUAUAUUUUUAUUACCUAUGACACUCUACUGUAUUCCCUACCUUACAAAGACACAAACUACUACAUGCUAGGAAAUGAUACCAAGCUCCGAAAAGCCUAUGAUGGGGUUCUCUCUAUCACUAUGGAGUCUGGGGAACGUAAUUUCUAUGAGGCCUUCAGAGAUGCUCAGAACUCUUAUGAAAUACGCAGCAGUGCUCCACCAGAACAGGUUUCUCCAUUCUUUGGCACCAUUUACAACAUGAUGUACUACAUAGCUAUGGCUGUUGAAAAAGCCCGAUUAAGUGACGGCCUCUGGGUAUCAGGUACAAUCCUGGCAGACAGUGAGGGAGACUUCGAGUUUGAAGGAUUCAAUCAGCACUUGCGGGCCGGAAGAAACGGGGAAGGGAUGCAGGCUGGCUACGUAGUGCUUGACUACAGUGGCAUGGGAACCUCACUCUACUCCACGCAUUUUCUCCAUGCUAGUCACACAGAUGGCAAGACUGGGGGCUUGAAAUAUCUUGGUCGCUCCGUACACUUUGCAGGGAGCACUCCCUACACAGAUUCAAGUUGCUGGUUUAGUCCAUACUUUGCUUGUACUGGAGGAAUGGAUAUGACCACUUUCCUCUUUUUAUUGGUGGUGUUCAUUCUGUUGUUGGGAGGUGUCGUAAACUUCUUUCUUUAUCUAAAAAAACAAGGCAGGGUUGGGUUCAGCUUUGGUGGUGAUGGAAAUAGUGGCUCAUCGAAGGUGAUCCUGACUCUUGAUGAUCUGGUCUUUAUCAAUACCCAAGUCAGCAAACGGAAGCUAAAUGAUGAAAGCAUCAUGAAAAGCCAAGGGGACAUGAAGACGCCUCACCACUCUGUGUCUGGUCGUAGUUACCUAGCCUCCACUCCUGACAGUUCAAAUGUUGCAGUAUUUGAGGGUGACUGGGUUUGGUUAAAGAAAUGUCCGAUAGGAACGGUUUCUAGUGUAAGUGGAAGCACGGAGGUGAUCUUUGUAAGGCUAAGGGAGAUGAGACAUGAGAACUUAAAUCUUUUUCUGGGCCUGUUCUUUGACUCUGGCAUCUUCGGCAUUGUGACGGAGCACUGCACUAGGGGAAGCCUGGAGGAUUUACUGGGCAAUGAGGAUGUGCGUCUUGACUGGAUGUUCAAGUCUUCCUUGUUAAUGGAUCUCACCAGAGGAAUGAAGUACCUGCAUCAUCGCAACAUAAUUCAUGGGAGGCUCAAAUCCCGUAACUGUGUGGUGGAUGGGCGCUUUGUGCUGAAGGUGACAGAUUAUGGGUUUAAUGAAAUUCUGAUGGCACAAAACAUAGAAAAUGACGACGAAAAGCCUGAAGACUUGCUUUGGACUGCUCCGGAACUUCUGCGGGACCCAAGUCAGAGGAGGAAAGGCACUUUCUAUGGAGACGUUUACAGUUUCGCCAUAAUCGUGCAGGAGAUCGUCUCUCGCUCUUCACCUUUCUGCAUGCUGGACAUGCCUCCAAAGGAGAUCAUAAACAAGGUGAAAGAUCCUCCACCUCUGUGUCGACCCAUUGUAUCGGUGGAAGAGGCCCCUUUAGAUGUAAUUCAGUUAAUGAAACAAGCCUGGAGUGAAGAUCCAGAGAAGAGGCCAACAUUUGAGGAUAUCUUCAAACAGUUCAAGGGUGUCUCAAAAGGGAAGAAAACUAACAUAAUUGACUCAAUGCUGCGAAUGUUGGAGCAAUACUCCUCAAACUUGGAGGACCUCAUCAGAGAGAGGACUGAAGAGCUGGAGAUGGAGAGGCAGAAGACAGAUCAAUUGGUGGCUCAGAUGUUGCCCAAGUCUGUGGCCCAGGCGCUGAAGCUGGGCAAGCCUGUGGAGCCGGAGCAUUUCAGCGAGGUCACGCUGUACUUUAGUGACAUUGUGGGUUUUUCCACCAUCUCAGCUCUGAGCGAGCCCAUCGAGGUGGUUGACCUGCUCAACGAUCUCUAUACGCUCUUUGAUGCCAUCAUUCCGUUGCAUGACGUAUACAAGGUGGAAACCAUUGGUGAUGCAUACAUGGUAGCUUCUGGAGUCCCCACCAGGAACGGCAACCGUCACGCAGCUGAGAUGGCCAACAUGUCUCUUGAUAUUCUGAGCCUGAUUGGAAGCUUCAAGACUAGACACAUGCCUGACCUGAAAAUCCGAAUCCGCAUCGGCCUGCACUCCGGUCCAGUUGUUGCAGGAGUGGUCGGCCUGACGAUGCCUCGGUAUUGUCUUUUUGGAGAUACGGUCAACACUACAUCUCGAAUGGAGUCCACCAGUUUGCCUUACAGAAUCCAUGUUAACCAAACGACAGUCGACAUCCUGAACAACUUGCAGAUGGGAUACAAGAUUCAGGUCCGGGGUCUGACAGAGUUGAAGGGAAAGGGUGUUGAGACCACCUAUUGGCUGGUGGGGAAGGAAGGUUUCAACAAGCCUCUGCCGGUUCCCAUGGACACCAAAGACGGAACCAAUCAUGGCAUUGGACUGGAUGAGCUCCCUCCAGACAGAAGACAAAAAUUCCUGGAUCGACAAAAGAAGACAAGCUAAUUCAUGAUCGGAGGCUAACGAUCAUGAUCUGGGAAAUCAUGUUUUUUACAUGCCAAAGACAUGUGCGACAGGAAACGACAAACCAAUGACAUACACAGUGAUUUGGAAUCAGUGAGAGUGUUUUUUGCAAAAAAUGCAAAACUCUGUUUAUAGUUUGAGUACAGCCCUUCAUUAUUAGGUCCAGACUUCUGUAUGUAAAAUACCGUAAGAAGAAUACGACCUUCAAUUGACUGUUGGCAUGUCAGCCGUUUUCAAAGCAAAAUUGCAUAAGAUACUGCAUGGUGUGUCAGUGGAACAUGACAUGUCUUAAACGUGCUGAUCUGCAGAUAACUAGCAAACAAUGACAGAUAUAAUGCACUGCUGUACCAUGGUUCCUGCCAUGGUUUCUUUUGCUGCAUGUAUUCCUACUAACUGUUUUGAGUUGUAAAGAUGUUGAUCAGAUUUUUCCACAAGUAGCACACAGAGCUCUCUAUCUGGAACCAUAGAGAGCUCUGUCAUGCCAGACUCACUUUAGAGGCCCUGUUUAUUACAAUUACACAUAUAUCAGACAUUACCUCCCAUUACAAUGGAACUAUUCAGCUUUUUUUUUUUUUUUUUUUUUUUUUUUUUUUUGCUGCAGUUCCAUCUAAUUAGAUUGCUAUUUACAUUUAUAUAAAAAUACAUUAAAAAUAUCUAAAAAAUGUUAAUUAAAAUCCCAAUAGUGCUCAGGUCUAGAUCAUCUUUAGCUCCAACACAGAGAAAGGAUCUUCUCACAAUUGAUGUAAUUUUAUCAACUACCCACAGGUUAUUUCAAUUAAGUUUCAUUUCACUUUUAUUUAACUUUUUUUAAAACCCACGUCAUCUCAAGCAACUUUACAGAAUCAGUUCAAUCAGAUCAUCCCCAGAUUGUAAGUUUUUAAAUUAAGGAAACCCAGCUGACUGCAUCCAGUGAUUGACUUUGGUUGCAGCCACAGUUGAAAGGAAAACUCCCUUUAACAGGAAGAAACCUCUAGCAGCACCAGGCUCAGUGAGAGCGGCCAUCUGCUUAGGGUGACUGGGGUUCAAGGAGACAGAAGCAUACACAAAAAAGGAACAUAGAAGCAAUGAUCCAUGAAAUAUUUUCUAUGUCAGAGAAGGUUACAAACUAUAGGUGGCUCUGUCUUGGAAAGCAACAAUUAAGCAGAUGAGCUCUGAGCCAGUUUUUAUGUCAAAGGGAUGAAAGAGAGUACACAUGAUUAGUCAAAAUGAAAGCCGAACCCAUACCUAUGUCUGGGAGUGAAACAGGACUUCACACUAAAAACAGGCCCAACUUUAUAAUCGAAUUUUUGGUGGCAGAAGCCCAGCUGAUAUUUCCCCCUAGGUUGGAGUCACAGCCAAACAGGAUCAGACCAGAUGAAGCUGCUAUGAUGAGAAAACGGAGCGAGAACAUUAGGUUAGGAUUUGAACCAACAAAUAAUGCAGAAUUUGAGAAUAGAAAUAGAAUGAAGCAGAGAGAGGAAAGUGGUCCCUAUUUCCUCCAGCAGUCUAAGCCUAUAGCAGCAUAACUAUAGAGAUAGCUCAGGAUAACCUGAGCCACUCUUGACUAUAAGCUUUACUUAAAAAGGGAAGUUUUAAGCCUAGCCUUAAUAGUAGAAAGGGUGUCUGCCUCUCAAACUAAAACUGGUAGUUGGUUCCACAGGAGAGGAGCCUGAUAACUAAAAGAUCUGCCUCCCAUUCUACUUUUAGAAAUUCUAGGAACCACUAAUAAACCUGAGAAUGGUGUUCUCUGUUAGGAACAUAAAUAACAAUCUGAUGAGUUUUGUUAUUUAGGCUUUAUACAUGAAAAACAGAACUGGCAUAAUCUGGUAUAAUGUUGCACUGCCCCUCCACCACAUGCUGCAAUCAGCUGACUGAAAGUAAAUACCACCCUUUACCUUUUAUUGAGGUAACAUUAGUUGGCAAGCAGUUAAAUCAAAUAGAUCAUUUUAGGGACAUUUACUUCUAAAUCCCCAUGUUACUAUCUGAUACAUUAAACUGUAAUUUUAACCAAGCCUAUUCAGAGAUAGUAUCAUAACUGCUCUCAAACUAUAGAUAACAUGUGUUUUAACCAUUUUCUAAAACAACUUGCUUAGUUUUGUUGUUGAUUUUUUGAUGGAGUGUAUUUUGCUUUGGCUUUUCUUCCUAAAUGGUUGCUUGCUUUCAGCAAUGCCACUUAGGCUAUAUCAGUAAAGGCUGUCUAUUUUACUGUAACAUGCUAUAUGCAUGGCUGAAUGCACUUUUUGUUCGACGCAGCCCUUCACUUCAUUCGGCAUGCUUCGUCUGCAAUGAUGCACAGGUUUUUUACAAGCAAUUGACUGAAAUGAAUGUUUUCAACACUGUGCUUCAGCAGAUUAUACUUGGAGAAUCUCUGUCUUUCAGAGGGAGAUGUCAGGGUUUCAUUUCUCCAACCCAGAACUUCUGUUUGGACUCUUCAAGACUUGGAAAAACAUGCAUUGUUCCUUUAGUUUGGGGAAGGAGGGAUGUAUAUAAUGUAAAUGUGUACAUAGCUUGCAUCCUGGACAAUUAGGAUUUUUUCUUGUUCCAUGUUUUUGCCUGGGUUUCCUCGGACUUAAAUGAAGAUAUCGACAAAUAUGGCGGUUCAGUCGCCAUCUGCCACAUUUACUAUAUUGAGGUAACAACAACCAGGUAAUGAUAAGAUCUGAACUCUGUUAAAAACAGGCUGCAGACCCUUUUUGUUGUUGGCAGCUUGCUAAUUAUCACGUUUAACCUUGCUGCAGUACGGUAGUUUAGUGUGUAAUGACAAAAAACUGGACGCCUGAUGACUUGAUUAUUAGGUUGCAUGUGGUGUAUUACAUACCACUCACUGUUUAGCAGUUCUGGCUCUUCAAGCACGAUUAAACCCAUGACAAAGAGAAGAUCCCUAAUUUAAAUGAGCAACAUGGGAGGAGUGGUCUUCUUUUAUUGAUGGGUAUCUGAACAACAACACGGCAAAUCCUAUUUUAAAAGCAAGACCUAUUUCUUUUUUUUUUUUUUUAUUUAUAACCAAUUUGCCAAACAGAUAGGUCACAUCAAAACUGAAUGGACAGCAUUGUUCAUUUUGGAAGUGAUCUCAAUGUGUUUCUGUAAAUAAAUCAUGGUGUUAGUGAACACUAUGUCGUCUUAUGUCCGUCUCGCUCCUUACCAUCAAUUCUGCUGAGGCUCAUCUCCCAAAUGGUGGCCUGGCAGUUCCUCAAAUCAAUAAAGACGCUCAAUGAAGGCAGUAUGUCAAUGUUAAAAAGUCUAAAGAACAACAUUUAAAGGUGUCACAAAUAACACAUUUCUAGGGAAGUCCUCCCUCUCCAUUCCAGCCUGAUUGCUCUGAAAAUUAUGAUGAGAUUUGAAGCCUGUUGUGUCUCUAUGUGCUGCAGAGACUCAGCUCUAUAGAGCACAAAUCUAAUAAACGCACGAGAAUGUUUUUUUACACAAUGGAUCUUCUUUAAAAGCAUGUAUGAGAUCAUUUUUCAAUAAUCUAAUCAACCGAAAUAAACUAUAUUUCACACGCUUAUGCUGUGUAUAUACUACUGUAAAUGAGAAGUCCUGAGUUAUAUUGUAAUUGUUUUA